AUGCCUAUGACAGACGAGACUGACCACAGCGGCGGGGUCAUUCUGGAUGGCCCCUUUGAUCCAGAUGCCCAGGCGACAGUUACGGAUUAUAUUGACUAUACCGAAUACCUCCCAGCCGAUCUCAUCCGCUCUUUGACCCUGAUCCGAGGCCUGGACGACCGAUACCUCGACUCGGCGCAUUCAGUACACAGUCUGGCCAGGACUUACGGCCAGCUCCCUGACCUUGCAUCCGAUGAUCGACCAAGCGCUAUUAGCCUCCGCAGAGAGAUUUCGCUUCAGCUUGAUCGCGCAAUCAAUGCGCGCGAAUCUGCGUACGCCGAAGCUUGUCGCGUUUACGACGUCGUGGAUCGUCACUUUGACCGGCUGAGCUGUAUCAGACAGAAGCUCGAUGCGCUACCACGGCCCCCUUCCACGGAACCGACGCCUCCCCCACAGCCUACACCCAAACGUGCACGCCCAGGGAAGAAAGAUACCUCAUCUACAACGCGUAUAACCCUGCGUCUGGAUAAUCGCAAGCGCAGUAGUGGCACACAGAAGUCUAGGUCGCGCCGUUCAGGUUUGGUGGCAGAUCAUCUGGCUGAUUUCAAUCCGGAUUCCCCUAUUGCAAGCACUGAACAUUCGGAUGAGGAAGCUGAGAUCGAGCUUCCUCCCAAGCCAGCCAGACCCCCUAAGAAGGAAAAGGCUCGUCGUCUGAGUUCGGGAGUGGGGGUUUCGACGAGCAAUGCCCUUGCAAUGCUCAAGCCGCCACCUGAUGAUGCUAAGAUUGGAAGUGAGGAUUUGCCAUGGUUGCGCUUGACUGAGUGGGAGAUGACAAAGUUGCGCAAGAAAAUGAAGAAGAACGCUGUCUGGCAGCCCAGUGAAGUCAUGAUUCACCGUGAGCUUGCCCUUGCUGGUCGUGGCUGGGAAGCUUAUCGAACAGCUAAGGCUCUAGCGGAUGAGACUGGUGCUGAGUUUGUCGACUGUGAUGAUAUUGAGACCACACGCCGCGAUGAGAUGUUCAAGGACCUAGAAGAGACCAAGCUAAGCAACCGUGGGAUGAAGCUGAACGAAGCUAAGAAGCUGAAGCGUGAAAUGCUUGCGCGAGAAGCUGCUCUACACGGAGAAGAGACUCCAUUCAAGCAAGCGGCUAUCGCUGCGCAGGGCACUCCGGCUAGUCGAUCAUCGCGCAAGCGAAAGAGAGAGGAGAUAGCAGUUGAAGAGGUAGCCAUCGAAGAGGAAGAUGUCGCCCCGGAGCCUGUACAAGAACCGGCCCCAGUUCCCAGACCUAGUUCUACGCGCCGCAGAUCCAGUCGAGGUGCGACCACCAAUGGACCAGCGGGUGCACCUGCAGCCCCAGUGCUACUUGCAAUUGAAACUCGAAUAUCACCUGCCGCCGAAGCAAGACUAUCCCCCGCCUUGCCCUCUCCAACUGGAUCCCGUCGGUCCACGAGAUCAGCUGCCCACCCCGCCAGUGCCAGCACACCCACACCCCCUGUCACCCGACCUUCAUCUAGACGUUCUGCUGCCGCCACCUCUGAACUGGGAGGUCUCUCUACAAUCGCUGCUGCCGGGGGACGAGAUGUACGCAUAAAAAGUGCGACUCCCGCUCGCAAGACUCCUGUACGGGAGCUGUCCCAUGCGCCCAGUGUUCCUGCGCCGACUCGACGUCGUAAGCGUCCCGCUCCUGGUCCAGUCUCAUCUGGUCAGGAUGGUGGCGCCGCUGUUAGUUACGGACGACGUAAAGCGAAGCCAGGUAAGAAACGCAUUAGCGUUCAGAACUCACAGGAUAUUCGUGUCGAUGAGGACGGGGUGUUGGAGGAGAUUGACGCGAAUGAGCCCCGAUAUUGUCUUUGUGGGGACGUGAGCUUUGGAACCAUGAUUUGCUGUGAGAACCAAGAUGUAAGUUUAUCUCACCAACGCCUGUCUACCGGUUCGUGUUUUACUGACUUCCAACCCCCUAAGUGUGAUCGUGAGUGGUUUCAUCUCGAGUGCGUCGGCCUCUCCGAGGUACCUUCUCGCACCGCUAAGUGGUACUGCCCUGAAUGCCGGGUCAAGUUUCACAAGGGAACCGACGGCAUUAUCAAAGGGGGAUCGCGUCGAUGA